UGGAUUUGGUGGCUAGGAGAAGAUGUUUUUCUUAGUUACCUUUGUAUCUCCUUGAUUUUAUUUGUGUCUUUUGUAAAUCUCAGUCCUCUGCCCUUCUUUAAAAGGGAAAAAAACCUAACUUCAUUCACCAGCAGCAGCAAGCUGUAAUGUUAUGGGAACUGAACACUCAAAGGACAAGAGGCGGAGAAGGCUGUUUUUGCUGAAAAAAAGUCAAAAGCUACCAGCAUGGGAAGAUGCUCUUCUCUCAGGAAAAGAUCCAAAGUCCCUACUGAAGUGUGGAUUGUGUUAUGUCAGCCUAAGUCUUAUAAUGAAGGGGAUGAAACAUGUGCCCGACUUUUUGUGGGGAUUGUCAGAAGUGCAAAAACUGAACCUUUCUCACAAUCAGCUUGUGGUUAUUCCUUCUGCUUUGGGGAAACUAGACAGAUUAGUAGUGCUAAAUUUGUGUGGCAAUCGCCUAAAGUGUCUGCCUAAAGAGACUGGGCUGCUCAGGAACCUGAAGGUUUUAUUUGUCAACAUGAAUUGCCUGACUGAAGUGCCGGCGGAGCUAAGCCUGUGCAGAAAGCUAGAAGUUUUGAGCCUUUCACACAACCGCAUAUCACAACUCCCUUCAAGCUUCACUGAUCUGACAAGUCUAAGGAAGCUGAAUCUUAGUAACAAUUGUUUUGUUCACAUCCCGCUAUGUGUUUUUGCAUUGAGGAGUUUAGAUUUCUUGCACUUGGGAUCCAACAGACUUGAAAACAUCGCUGAAAGUGUCCAGCACCUAGUAAACUUGCAAAUCUUUAUUUUAGAGAAUAACAGUAUUCGCACUUUGCCGCGGUCUCUGUGCUUCAUCACUGCUCUUGAGUUACUAAAUGUAGAUUACAAUGUUAUUCAGACUCUCCCUGAUGACCUCUAUCAACUGCACAGAUUGCCAAGAAUUGCCUGGAAUCCCAUGGAUAAAGGGCUCCACAUUUCACAUAACCCUUUGUCCAAACCACUGCCAGAGAUUAUGGAAGGAGGAUUGGAUGUUCUCUUCAACUACCUUAAAGAGAAAAAACAGCAUGGCUAAAUGUGCACUCUGUUUGAGAUUAACCCUGUCAUCAGUGUCAGUGUACUUUCCUGACCAGGCAUUUCCACUUCAUAACACAUGAAGUCUGAAGACUAAAGAUGGUUUUAGUAAAGUUUUCUGAAAGCAAGUAAAAUGCAGUGUUCUACUUUGAUUAUGCAUAAAUUUUAUUUUCUAAAAAUAUCCAUCUCUAACCCACUGUUUGAAAUGUCUUUUGGGAAGAAUUGUGAUAAUAAUUCUGCUCUUUACUAGACAUAAGCUAAUGGAAGCCAGUAGCACUAUAAAGUGUGUAUUUUGCCAUUUAUCAAAAUUGAGUAAUAGUAAUAUAAAUAGGAAUUCAGUGUAUGUGAUGUGCUAUUGCAUUUAACUCCUUCUG